CUUGCUGUGGACAAGAACUAUCGACUCACCUGUCCAAAGAUCCUCUACAAAACCAGUGGAGACAAUAAAGGGUUUCCAAAUAUCCUUCUGGAUCCAGUGGAUCAGAAACAUGUGUAUGUCUCGUUUAAAAAGCAGGUCCAGCGUGUUCCAGUGGCAAACUGCAGCACCUACCAAAAUAUGAAGGAUUGUCUUUCAGCUCAGGAUCCACACUGUGUCUGGUGUGUUACUCAAGCAAGCUGCACAUUUAAAGACGACUGCAAAGACGCAGAGUGGUUGUCCAUCCCUGAUCACUCCAACCAGAAAAUUAUUUCCCACAGAGUUAUGGAGGACUCCCCAGGAAACCUGAAAAUAGUCAUUGAGACACACUUGACAAUGGAGGACAAGGUUCGGUCUAACUUUGCCUGUCAGUUCUCUACAUCCUCAACUCCACCUUGUAAAGAACAAGGGCCACAACCACAGUACCCACAAUGCACCUGCAUCCUCAAAGACCCUUUUCCUGCUGACGGUCUUGACAUUACCAUAAACAUCACUCUUGGAAAAACAUUUCUGAAGGAACAAAUAAAGAUGAUCAACUGUUCCAAUAUCCAUGGGCAACCAAGUGUUCACCUGUGUCAGCAGUGUAUCAGAGCUGGAUGUGGAUGGAGAGAGAACAGCUGUUCCUGGGCCACUGAUCCAGCCCAGAACGACAGCAUUUGUUCACAAAUUGACUCUGGGAUGGGCUAUUCUAAACCAGAGAUCUCCUCCAUCGUCCCCAGAGUUGUGUCUGUUCAUGGCAGAAAUGAUGCUCUGUUGACAGGCCUUAACCUCAGAAACGUGACCAGAGUCAGAACUCAGGCAGAAAUGUAUUGUGAUCCUAAGGAAUCUCCUGUGCGGUACAACAAUGGGUCCCAUCUGACGUUCCAUAUUCCCAGCACAGAAAUUAAAGGAACAGUCACAGUUUGUGCUGUCCUUCCAGAUGGAAGCUGCCACGGUAACAUUUCAGUGACCUAUCAGUCAUCACCAAACUGUAUGGAUAUUGUGCCAAGGAGCAGUUGGAGAAGUGGGGGAAGGCAGGUCACUAUUAUUGGGACGCACCUGGAUCUGGUGGAGGAGGUCACAUACACCCACGCCCCAGCAGAAGUCAUACUUCACAGAACCAGCAAUCCUCAGCGUCUCACCUAUGAAACACCUGCAGCCAAAGAUGGUCAGGAUUCCAACCAAGUUUUACUGAAAGUAGUCAAUCAUACGGUGACUUGCCAAAACCUUCCUUACUAUCCUGACCCAGAGUUCACCACCUUCACCGCCGUGAAGGAAGGAAUGGAUAUUCGCAUCUCUAUUCAAAAAAAGGCAGAUGACCUGAAUCUAACAACAGCUGAGUUGUCAGUGGUGGGCACUCAGAAUGGAAAGAAAUAUAACUGUACCCUAAUACCCAAUGAAAGUGGCAACAAUACCUUUAUUUGUGAGAUAAAAGGAUUGCAAAAUGCUAACAUUGAGUUUGUUCAGAUCAAAUACGGAGGUAAAUCUGUACGUCUAAACAAGCAGUCGCUACUACACCUUCUAAUACUGCUCAUCAUCCUCCCGAUACCCAUCGUCCUUGUUGUGGUGCUUGUUGUCUACCGAAAUAAACAGAAGCAGCUGACUGUAAAGAUGAACAGGUUGAUGGAAGACCUGGAGAUGGACAUUAGGAAUGACAUUAGACAAGGCUUUAUAGAUUUGCAGACGGAGAAAGCGGAUCUGAUGGAAAACGUCGGAGCGAUUCCUUUCCUGGACUACAAGCACUUUGCUUCCAGAAUCUUCUUUCCUGAGAACGAUUCGUUGAUCACGCUGUGCAUCAAAGACAUUGGUCAGGAUGUGGAGAAGGUUGAGCUAGAGGAGCAUUGCCAGAUUUUCUCCAAGCUGAUCCAGGACCAGGUCUUUCUCACCACAAUGGUGCACGCUUUAGAGGAGCAGAAAAGCUUCACCAUCAAAGACAAGUGUACAUUUGCAUCUCUGCUCACUGUGGCCCUUCACAGCAACCUGUCGUACCUGACAGAGGUGAUGGAGGUUCUGCUGAAGGAUCUGAUGCAGCAGAACAGCAGCGCUCAACCCAAGCUGCUGCUAAGACGCACAGAGUCUACGGUGGAGAAGCUGCUGACCAACUGGGUGUCAGUCUGCCUCUACGGCUUCCUGCGGGAAAGUGUUGGGCAGCAUCUGUUCCUGCUGGUGAGCGCGCUCACGCAGCAGAUCUCCAAGGGACCGGUGGACUGUGUGACAGAGAAAGCUCUCUACACCCUCAGUGAGGACUGGCUGCUGUGGCAGGCUCAGGACUUCAGCCCCCUGAAGCUGAAGGCGCUGUUUGCCGUAGGCAGUGACGGAGAGGUGAGCGAGCCUCUGGAGGUGGACGCGCUCAGCUGUGACACCGUGGAGCAGCUCAAAGAAAAAAUCCUCAACACCUUCAAAACCAAGUUUGGUUUCCCCUACAACACCGCUGUGAGAGACGUUUACAUCGAAUACGAGAAGGAUGGAUCAUUCACUCCUCUUCAGGAGGUGGACGCCGGCUCUGAGGUGAUUGGGGAGGUGACGAAGCUCAACACGCUCAGGCACUACAAGGUUAAUGAUGGGGCCACAAUUAAAGUACUUUCAAAGAAAACUCACCCACCAGUAAGCCCACAAGGGAGUGUGAAAGAUGAUGAGAACUUCUCCGGGAAAUACUUCCAUUUGAUUGAUCCUGACGUGGUGGAGGACCACGGAAAGAACCCAGAGAGGAAGAAGCUCAAGCUGAAGGAAGUGUACCUGACCAAGCUGCUCUCCACCAAGGUGGCGGUUCAUUCAUACGUGGAGAACCUCUUCAGGUCCAUCUGGGGGACGUCCCAGAGUCGAGCUCCACUCGCCAUCAAAUACUUCUUUGACUUCCUGGACGCUCAGGCAGAGAACAUGAAGAUCACGGACCCAGAUGUCCGACACAUCUGGAAGACCAACAGUUUGCCGCUGCGCUUCUGGAUCAACAUCCUGAAGAACCCGCAGUUUGUCUUCGACAUGGAGAAGACCCCGCAUCUGGACGGCUGCCUGUCCGUUAUCGCCCAGGCCUUCAUGGACUCCUUUUCUCUGAGUGACACCCAACUGGGGAAGCAUGCACCAACCAACAAGCUCCUCUAUGCCAAAGAUAUUCCCAAGUUCAAGCAGGAAGUGAAGGCUUACUACAAACAGAUCAGAGAGCAGUCAGCAGUGACCGAGGCUCAAUUCAAAGACUUCCUGCAGGGAGAGUCCAAGAAACAUGAAGGCGAAUUCAAUGAAGCAGCAGCCCUCAAAGAACUCUACAAAUUCAUACAGCGCUACUUCACAGAGGUCAAGGAGAAGCUGGCCAGCAGCGGCGCCCCCGCCGAGCUGACGGAGCAGCUGCAGCACGUGAAAAACUUGUUUGACGGAAUGAAGAGCUGCUCCUGGAACUGAGCUGUACGCGUCGCCGACCUUAAACCAAAUGAAUGUACAACAGGAGGGGAGGAGACGUCUUCCAAAUCUGCCAUGAGCGUCGCUGAAGUGGCUACGCUUCUCACCUCCUUCAGAACUGAAACACUGUUCCAGAGAUCAGAAGACCCGACGACGACCACGUAGACGAUAAUCAGGGAAUUAUAGUGGCUACCACAGACUUCUGCUGGGUUUUUCUGCUCUAAUGCCUCUGACUUUAGGUGGAAAUUAAACUCUGGGAGCUUUGAGCAGUUAAGGAGACUGCAUAAGUGAACGGAAACCACCAGCACAUCUUCAUCUCAUAAGCUUUAAUAAACAGUAGCAUUAAAUAUCACACACUAGUAUCCAAAAUGGCCCAAAGAAGACACAGAUGAGUCACAAAGCAGACCGAUACCUGAGUCGUUAUGAGAGUAAAAAUAAUCUGUACAUUUCCUGUGCAACUUGCGGUGGUGUAGUGCCUUUUUUGUCAACACCGUCAUAGAAAUGCUUUCCUCCAUGGCUCAGACCAGGGGCCGGCAGCCCGGGCCUUUGAAGCCCUGAGCAGGGCUGUGGACAACAGCAGCCAGAAAUGCUGAUCUGAGGAGAGUUUCUGGGGGUUUUCUGGAAUUUACACACCAGGGUGGCCCUGAAUGGCACAACGGAAAAUAAAUGCUGGUUUAUUUUGUCAUUACAUCAAA